AAUGUCAAAACAUGAAAUGUGGAAAUACUUAGGAUUUGCGGGUUUCUGAAUAUUAAUAAUUACUUUAUUUGCACGCAAUAGAAUUAAAUAAAAUUAAACAUCCACCAAAAAUAGCCGCAGCAACGACAAAAUGCCGCGACGCUACAGCAAGAGGCGGAAGCUGGACAAACUAAACAACUCGAACCACGAUGCUAGUGUGAACUGGAGUACCAAUGAAGUGAAGUUGCGCGAGCCAGAAGACGAUGGCGAGGAUGCACCCAAGGAAGUGGAACAAGGGCAAGAGUCCGAAGACGAAAGCAAGGACGAUAACAAACGGACAAGUAACUGUUUGCGCUACGUGAUGGAGACCACGCCACAUUUCAGCCACACCUCGCUGAACAAGGGAUUCGCUGUGAAGCCGGAUGAGGAGCUGCAAAUGUUUCCCAGCUGCAGAGAGUACGCGCCGGUGCCUCUAUAUGUGGCUAGCGACGGGCAGACGCCCCUCAUUGAGCCCUGCGUGAAGCGGCCACAGGCGUACGAUGACUAUAUGCACCGGCUGCAGCUGCUAAAGGCACAAUACGACAAUCGCACCGAGAAAAUGAAACAAAAAGAGAAGAAGAAAAAGGAGAAAAUCUACGAUGCACGCCUCUUUGACAUUGCGGAACACAUAGCCUCGCAGGAGAACCGAUACUUUAUGGACAGCUACGACUACUACUACACGGGCGGCAACCUACAGACAAUGAGCUACAAGGGCAAGACCCUGGCCAUGCACGUGAGUGGCGACAGGCUGAGGAACCUGCACUUCUCCGAGGUGCAAGACGAGACCAUUUUCUGGGAUCCCCUUUACUCGACCAUGCUGGAGGAAACGUCCAGCGAGGCAUUUCAACUGCUGCCAAUGGAGAGCUUUCGCGUGAACCACGGCCACAUGUUCCUCUCACGCUUCCUGAAAGAGAUAUCCAUCUACGAGCUGAAGGAGUCAGACUCGAUCGAGGAGUACGAACUGGUCUGCCAAUGCAAGUUCAGCAACCAGCAAUUGCCCUUUAUCAGCGCAGCGCAGGCUGCGGGCAACGCUAACAUACUGGCCCUCGCCUGCCAGGAUCGGACCGUGAGCUUCUUGGACCUCGUCACGCAGCAGGACAUCGAAAAGCACAAUGUGUGCAUGCUGAAGUCCUUCAACAAACACAGCAGCACCUGGGCCCAGCUGAUUCCCUCGGGGAGCAGCAGCUUUCACUACCUCUGCCAGCCGAUGCUGCUCACGGUGGACGUGCGCAUUGACCAGCCGCUCAAUCCUUGCCACGCCAGCAGUGUGGAUCUGAUUCAGUGCGAGACCUUCUCCUGCCUCGCCCGUAGCGUCAAUCCCAAUCUGCUGUAUGUGGCCAGCAACCACAAGCUCCACUGCCUCGACAUGCGCUGUCUGGGCAAGAGGCUCUCCGACCGCGCCGUGCUCACCUGGACCCACCAGAUGACCUACCCGCCCACCUUCAUGGACACUUGCAUGCACGAAGGCAGCGAGUACGUUGCCAUGAGCAGCCUACUGGCCAGCGAUCAGCGUAUCUGUGAGCUGAAAGGUGCAUUGGCCGAAAGCGUCAACGAUAUGUCCUCCCCGACGAUUCCAUACAAGCCGCUCUCGAUGGAGGAGACCCUAGUCGAUGCGCGACUGCAGGGCUUCGUCGAUGUGUACGCGGACCUGAAGGAGCGGGUCAAGGCGUGCGUUACAGGGCUGCGCUUCAGCAUGCUGGAGAAAGAGACCGUCGACCACGGCUUUGCCCAGCUGCUGACCUCCAACAGCAUCGGGGAUGUCUUCAGUCAGCGGCUGACGGUGCGGGAGAAGUCGCAGCCCGAGGAGCACCGCACGGGCCUCCACAACAUACCGCCCAUUACCUACUACGGGAACUUAGUCAACAAGUGCGUCAAGAGGCAGGAACUCAGAUGCACCGAAGUGCACUCCGUUCCCGUACUGAGGGACAUUCUCAAGAUGGAAGCUCGCCGCGCUUCUAUAGAAGAGAAGCCUGAGGAAAUCACCAUCGAGUACGGCCUGGAGGAGUCGCAGGAAGAGAUCCAUGCAUCCCAAGAGACGAACACUUCAAAGGAAAAUGCUGAUCCAGCCGAAGCUGCGUCGCCAGAACCACCCAAGCCGGAUUUUAAGAAAAAGGCGAGGGAAGUCGGUCGCGGACCAUGGCAGAAGUCUGCCUACAAGCUGUCCAGCUACACGGACAUGCUGAGCACCCGGCUCCUAAGUGUGUGGGACAUGGACGACUACGAUCACACGCGGGACAUGUACGCCAGCAUGAUCAACGAGCACCUGAAGGAGGAAAAUAAGGAGCCAAACGAUCGCAUGGACGACUGGCUGAAGCAACUCAAGACGGAAGCCCCCAAGACCGAGGAUGACGACUCUCCCCUAGUGCCCGGCACAAACCUGCCCAAACGCUAUGGCGUCACAUCGGCGAACUGCACCCUCGUCGAGUCGUUUGAAGUCGAAGAAGCUCCUGGCCAAGUCCUACUCAGCACACACCAGGAGAUGUCUGCCGAUCUUCCCUUCAACCCUAAGAAGGAGCCGUCUGUGGACGACGACGUGGGUGGGCCCAGCAGCAGCCAGCGGCUCCACUCCACUCUACUCCCUUGUCAGUCAACAAUCAUCGAGUACGAUUACGAGGAAGCUGCCAGGAACAUUGUAAAGGCUGAAAUACGCACGCCUGCCAAGAAACCCAAGACCAACUACACCAAAGGAUUCUAGCUCCUGUUAGGACUCCCCAAUGAACAGCUGCUCGGAUAAG